UGUUUUUAUCGCGAAAUGCCACUCUCCUCUCUGAGUCCCUAACCUCUACUCUCCUCCUCAGAUCUCUCUUCCUCUCUCUCUCUCCCAACCCUUCCUUCUCGAGUUAAUAUAUAUCUCCGGUCCCUGGUCGAUUCCCUCAGCCCCAAUUUUGGAUUGCUCGUCUCGAGAUCUUUGGUAGAAGCGAUGGUUGUUUGCAAAUGCCGCAAGGCGACCAGGCUGUAUUGCUUUGUUCAUAAGGUGCCUGUUUGCGGGGAAUGCAUCUGUUUUCCAGAACACCAAAUCUGUGUGGUAAAAAAAUACUCUGAUUGGGUAAUUGAUGGAGAGUAUGAUUGGCCUCCUACAUGCUCUUUCUGUAAUGCUGCGCUUGAAGCUGGAAGUGAUCAGACGACUCGAUUGGGUUGUUUGCAUCUUAUGCACACAAAAUGUUUGGUGUCUCAUAUCCAAAGCUAUCCACCACAAACUAUGCCAGCAGGAUAUGUCUGUCCUGCAUGUUCUUCAUCUAUAUGGCCUCCUACAAGCAUUAAAGAUACAGGAUCUCGCCUCUACUCAAAACUCAAGGAAGCAAUAAUCCAGAGUGGCUUGGAGAAAAAUAUAUUUGGAAGUCACCUUGUUUCAUUGCCUGCAGCGGAGAGUCGUGUUCCUCCUCCUGCUUUUGCUUCAGAUCCGCUUAUGCAUGUAUCUGGUGUUGAAGAUAGAGAUAAACGUAGUGCAGAUUCAUUUACCAAAGAAGGAAAACACUCAGAUGAAGUAUACUCAUCUGCUGAUGGAAAGGGUUCUACCAAACUUUCAGAACCGGAGAUUAUUGAAAUAGAUGGUCCUAGUUCUUUAGGAAACCAAUAUAAGCCAGACCAAGAGCCUAACUUCAUGAAAAGUGCAAGCCCCAAGGGUCCUGGUGCUACCACAAGAAAGGGGACUUACCAUGUUGAGAGACAAAAUUCAGAAAUAUCAUAUUAUGCUGAUGAUGAAGAUGGAACACAUAAAAAGUACACAAGAAGGGGUCCUUUCCGUCAUAAGUUUUUGAGGAUGUUGCUACCUUUCUGGUCUAAUGCAUUACCAACUCUACCAGUGACUGCACCACCACGCAAAGAUCUAACUAAUACAAAUGAUGUUCUAGAAGGACGUGUGCGACAAAGAUCAUCAAGGAUGGACCCAAGGAAAAUCUUACUUGUGAUGGCGAUCAUGGCAUGUUUGGCAACAAUGGGCAUCCUGUACUAUCGAUUGGCACAGCGCAGUCUUGGUGAAGAAGUGCCAGAAGAUGAACCUCAGUAGUUAACAUCCGUCGCCACACCAUCUCACACGUGUGCAGCUUAUCCCACAAGGUCGAGGUCCCAACGUGUGGUGGAAUAGAGGUAUCAAAGUUUUUUCUUCCAUCAGGUUUGGCUAAUUAAGUGAUGUCCAAAGCCUAAAAAAAGCCCAAGUUUAAACAGUUUUAAGACAAUCCUUUCAUCUAAAAGCUUAAAAUAUUGUCCCUCGUCCCUCGUCCCUCGUCCCUCGUCCCAAAUUCAGAGGAAACCCCAUAUAACCCCAUGUAGAUACGGACAUGAAUAUCUAUGUACUUUCUGACCAUAUCAUCCCACGAUAAGAUGCAUAUUUUUUAAAUUAUCUUUUACUAUAUAUAAUAAUCUAAUAAUAUGUCCCAUGAGCAGGCAUCAAGUGAUUGGCCCAUCUGUUUGAAAAGCUUUCUCGCAUGCAUGAAAUUAAUAAAAUAAGCGAAUCAUUUUGGCCUUAGAAAAAGACAGGAGGCAGCUCUGAUAUUUUUUAUUGACUCGUGUGAUCUCUAGGUUACAUGGGAAUACUCUUGCUGCCCUAACAAGACGUGCAGGGGGGGAAGACCUAGGUGACAUUUUGGCCCAUGAGACUUUGUUGGGGGAGGCUUCGCUUGUACCAAACAGCUAAUAGCCAUCUGUUGAGACGUGUCAAAGUCUCUUGGGAGGCAAGAUUGGAUGGAUGGAAUUAAGACAUACUGGAUUAGAAUUUAGAACAGGUCGAGACAGACAAAUCUGCAAGAAUUAAUUUUUUUUAGCAUACAAAUUAUGUAAAUAAAAAAAAAUGAAAAAUUAAAUGUCACCAUCUUGCAUGACAUUAAACAAGUUAAAAGUUUAAAAUAUAGAAUGCAAUAAACCAAAUUUUUAAUAAUAAUAAGAAUGACAAAUAAAAUUAUUGUUUUUUAGAAAAUCAAAUAUUUCUUAAACUAAAAAAAAUGAAUGAAAAAUGAAUAUCUAAGCAUGUAUGUGUAGCGUUUCACUUGAUUAAUGAUCAUAAUACUUUCUUCUCCACUCAAGAUCAACCUUGUUUUAUAGCAAAAAUAUAAAAGAAUGGAACA